GUACUUUAAUCUCUAGGUCGUAUUUUCUUCAUAUGAGGGUUCACCAAGUAAUAACAGGUUCAUGCAAUGGUGGUUAUUCACAUAUCGCACAAGCAAAGAUUCGGGGAUCUAACUACGUCGUGUAUGCCAGCGGGUGCGAUGUAGUUAUUUUGAACGAGUCGUUUUGUCGCAGUCAGGUGAUUUCUGGGUGUGAGUUAGGAAACUCCGUUGUAACAGCUGUUGCUUUUAAUCACCAUUAUGGAAAGAUUGCCAUUGCUAACGCUGAUGGAAUAUUUAUUUACGUACCUCAGGGAACAACAGGAAAUGCGCUUACUAACUCGUUAAAACUAUUUUGGUCGUUCUCUGAUCACUUAUCAUUACCAUCAAAAGCGGGAGUUUCAUGCCUUUCCUGGUCUCAUAGACCCUGUUUUCAAUUUCCAACUAGUGGCUUAUUGGCAGGCCUUAAUGAUGGAAGCUUAUUUAUGUGGCGAUCAGGUGUUACAGGCAAUAUCACUGAAUCAACUCUUCGUUUUCACAUCGGAGCUAACUCAACAGGUUCAGAAUAUGGUCUUGACUCUGAUCCUGUUCCUAAGAAAUCUCUGUCAACAGAAGUACCGAGUAAAUGGGAAAUUGUAUGGUGUCAUCGACUAAACGGAACUCCUCUGCAGGUUGAUUUCAGUCCAGAUGGUUCAUACUUUGCCACCAUUACCAAAUAUCAUGAUAAGAGAAGUCAACAUAAUGAUCAAAAGUCUGAUACUGAAAUGCAUGUAUGGUUCCGUGAUCCUUUCUCUGAUUUGAUUCCAUCAAAACACAGUUAUGAUGAACAGUUUCGAAUGACUGAAAAUUGGGAAUCUAUCUUCUUACCGCAUCCUUGUAAUGUUUGUUCGUUUAGCUGGCGCCAUACCAGCAGAUAUCUCCCUAGUGGUUGGAUAGCAAAUGUAUUAUUAACCGCGAGUGAAGAUAAUUUAUGUCGUGUAUGGAUUGAAGUUUCAACAAAUCAUUCUAAUUUAUCAAACACAUACAAAGGUAUCAAUUCUUUACUGUCUAAAUCAAUUUCUAAGAAUGAACCAGAAAUUCCAAUAUCAUCUACUACAAUGAAAGUACGCCUACCUUUAGGUCAUCUGACCGAUAUACCAUUCAAAACGAAAAAUACAAGUGAUCCAGUCAAUCAGUCGCAUGAAUCUUCAACGCAAUAUCUCACUUUAGAACUACCUAAUUGUUUUUUAACACAUCCAAUUUUAAAACAUUUUCUAGAUUUAUGGUUGACUGAUCCUUUGUCAAACAUUGAAGUGGAUUAUGGAUCACAAUUAUCAUCGUCUACAAUAAAAAUAGAUGAUAAAAAGUUUAACUAUACACAAAAUAUAUUUCCACAAUUUGUGUUUACCACAUCUUUACCAUUGGAUUCUUUCCCGGAAUUAUGUAAUCUCUCAUCUGCAAAUAAUUCACAAGUUGGUCGACUUGUUGUUCAUUGGUUCAAUAAUAAAGAAUAUCGUUUGAGUACACAAUUGGAAUCGUUUUUAAAGGAUACAAUAUCACGAAUUUUAGCUAUCCCAACUCAUAUUGCUCUCGAUAAUACAUCCAAUAUCAAUAACAGUAAUAAUAAUUUCAUGACUCCAGAAUUGUUAGAUCAAAUAGCUUUGAUGGAUCAGACUGUUUUUCGAUUAUUAAGUGAAUUACAACAUGCCCCGGAUGUCGCAUUUGCAAUACAUCCUCUUGAUGGAAGCCUUAUUGUUUGGUAUAUACAUGGUUUGGAUUUAUCUAUUCCUAAUCCAGAAGGUAUACGAACUCAUAAAGUAAUUAUUCCAUACGAAUCAUCAUUUAAUCGUGAUCAUAAAUUUGGAUAUGAAUCUUCAUUUAUAAUUACACCUAAUAUAAAUAAUCGUUUAACACAAGUUACAUGUAGUAUAAGAUCACGUUUACAUCAAGUUAUUCCAUUCGAUGCAGCUCAUUCAUUAACAUCAAAAUUAUUUACUUAUUUAACAACAGAUUAUUCUAAACAUUUUAUGAAUUAUUUUCAUAAUGAAAAUAUAAUGAAUCAACAAAAAUUACAAAAUUUAUCCGAUACUACUGAAAUCACUAAUAAGUAUUUAAUAACAAUUAAUUAUCAAGAUUAUUUAAAUAUAUUUUGUCAUUUAUUCUUAUUACAAUAUACAAUUAGACAAUGUUUAUUAAAAUGGUCAAAAAUUUCUAUGAAACUUAUGAAUAGUAAUAAUAAUAAUAGUAGUAAUCAGAAAAAUACAUUGAAGCAAUUAAAACAGACAGUAUUAAAACCGAUUUUAUCUUCUUUGGCUCAAAUUCAUUUGAAUUCAACAACUUUUCAAGCACGAACUCCAAAUUCCUCACAUGUAGCUAUGAUCACUAUGCAUACUAAUGGUUCAUUACGUUAUUGGCGUAUCGAUGUAUCAGAGAGUAGUCAUUAUCAAUGGAUUGUCGGUGUAUCUAGUUGUGCACGUUUAAGUGGACAUCGAUUUCAUACAAACAUUAUCGUACCACAUCCAAUAUUACCUCUCGCUUUGAGCACAUCACAUUAUGAGCAUAAAUUAGAAAAAUUACCAAUUGAUGAAUCUACCAUAACAACAACAUCAUCACCAUAUAAUUCAAUUAAUAAAGACAAUGAGAAAAUUACUAAUUAUAGUGAAAUAAUUUUAUGGUAUGUUUCAUCAGUUGGUCCACUUACCACCGGUUACACAUCAUCGUUACUAUCAAAUUAUCAAUUUCAUUGUUCACAACAUGCUACCACUAAUAAUAGUAAUAAUAAUACUGAUUCGGAAUUAUAUAACAAUCAAUUUAUUACAACUGAUAUUAAAGGACCAGGUAAUAUAUCAUCAAAUGGUGGGAUUUCAGAAGUGGCUCGUUUAAUCUUCUCCAAUAUAUCAUCGAAUACAUCUUUAACAUUUAAAUAUAUUGCAUGGUUCCCAUGUCAGGUGACAACAACUGCUACAUCAUAUCCCGUUGCAUUGUUUGUUGCCUCUUUAGAUGGUAAUCACGAUGAUAAUAAUAAUAAUAAGAAGAAGAAUGAGCAAAACAAUGAUCAACUUGGACUAUUUUUAACAUUUUCUAAAUUUAAACAAAUUAAUAAUAAAUCUGUAUUAGAUGAGAAGAUUAAACAAGAUCAACAGAAUCAUUUAUUGCAUAGUUCAUUGAAUUCUGAUACAUUGGGAUGUAUUAUUCAAUUAAAUUAUAAAUUACCAUAUUCUAGUCAAAUUGAAAAUUAUGAAAAUUUCAAUGCUGAAACAUUAAUAUUACAUGUAUUUCCCAGUGAAUUAAUUAUGUCCAAAUCAGAGAGUUGCAAACCAAUAAAUACUGUAUUAACUAAUACUACUGAUCAAAUGGAAAGUUCUACUAAAUCAGAUAUGAAUUCUUUAUCAACGUUUUUGAUUGUUCGUAUGACACGUUAUAAUUUACGGAAUGAAACAGCCAACUCUUCUGUUGUUCUAACUUCAUGUAGUGAGACGGAUUUUUGUCGUAUGGAAAUGUGGCGUGUUUGUGUUUCAACGAAUACUAAGUCUUCUUCUUCUUCUUCUAAUAUGAUGAUAGAUGGAAAUUCUUCCAUUAAGAAUUGUAUAACCGACAAAUCGGAUCUAAUCAGUGAUAAUCUUACGACCAUAUUUAACAAUUUAAUAACAGAUGGAAUUAAGGUAUGUGAUUGUAAAUUACAUUUACCAUCAGGUGUAUCUAUUGUUUGUGCUCAAGUAUCAGCAGCACAUGUAAGUUGGGCUGCUUUAUCAACAUUUAAUGCACCACCGCCUUAUUUAAUUGUUACUGCAUGUUCAGAUGGUUGUUUACGAUUUUGGCGAUGUGAAUCUGAUUCAAAUAGUAAUAAUUUCACUUUGGAAGGAGUCCACGAUCAAUUUACAUGGGAAGAAUGGCAAAUGCCAUUAAUGCAAUCAAUGUCUAGUUGUAUUGAAUUACAGCUACAUACCAAUAAUAAUAAUAAUGUUAAUAAUAAUCAUAAUAAGUCAACUCGUGUCAAUGAUGUAUCACAGAUGAAUAAACCCAUUAUUCUAGACAUAGAUUGUGCAUAUAGUGGACGAUUAGCUGUGGCAUAUACUUCAUCACAAUUAUGUAAUAAUGAUAAUAUGGACAAACAUGGACAAUCAAAUUUAGAUUGGAUUCAAAGUAAUAAGAAUGAUUUAACAAUCUAUGUUACUGUUUAUGAAUGUGAAUCUAGUGGUGGAUGCGAAUGGAUCUUAGAAGAUACCAUUGAAUUAACAUCGGAAUAUUGUCCUUUUCAAAAUAAUAUUGAUAAGUUAUCAUCUAUUCAAUUGGAUUGGGUUAAUGCAGAAGAUGGCGGACAUUUACUAUCAAUCAUUAUUGAUUCGGAAAUAUUUGUUUUUGCCCCGGUCUGUCAAAAUUUUUCAUUAAGUCGUAAUAAACUACGCGGUGGGCAUGCAUGUCAGCCAACAUUAAUGACUACAAUUGGUGAAGUGUAUGUAGGUUGGAAACCUAUCGCUUGUACUCGUAUAGUCACAGCUGACUUCAACUCUUCAUCAUCGUUAUCAUUAUCAUCUCUUACAUCCAUCGAAAAGAAGAAAUCAAUGCAAACACAAAAACAAGAAUCUUGUUGGCGAUAUUCUUCAACUACUGCCUUGCAUGGUGGUAGUAAUCAUCGUUGUUUUAUCAAACAAGCUGCAUGGCUUCGUGAUGGUCUGUUACUAAUUAGUGCAAAAACUGAACUUCAGUUGUUUAGUCAAUGGCCAUCAGAUAAUUUGUAUAGUUUAUUUAAGUGGCAUGUAAAACCUAAACUGAGCAAUACCAAAUCAUUGUAUAAUUCAUCAAGUGCGAAUGAGUCAUUCGAUGCAACAGCAACGACAACAACAUCCGAUACUGUGGAUGAUUCUACAGUUUCUGGAAGCUCCAAUAUGUCAGUAGCACGUUUAACUAAAGCUUAUUCACCAUAUCCUUUAAAGUCAUCACCUUCACGAUCAAUGUUGCAUGCUGCUUCAGGUCAUUCUAGUUUGUCUAAUUUACAUGCUACUUCUAAUAAUACUACUAAUACUACAUCCGAUACCACUAGUGACAAUUUUAAAAUAACUAGAAAAAUGAGCCAAAUUGACUUGAAUCGUGCCAGCGGCAGUGGAUUAGACGUUAAAUCAAAUGAACAAUUAUUGAAAGAUUUGGAACUCUUAUCGAAUCUUGGAUUAUUCGAGGCUAUUCAAAUUGUUAAUCCAAUACUUCCUCAAUUCCAUCCUCGCCAACUCUUGGAAUGGAUGAAUUUGGGUCAUUUACGUCGUAUAAAAGCGAUAUUAGCGCAUUUAACUAGAUGUUUAUCCGCUAUUGGCAAUUCAUCCCAACGGUCAAGCAGUCAGUCUGAUAGUCAUCGUAGAAUGACGAAAGGUAAUUUAAAUUCAGAACUAACCAAUUUUGUUAUCGAAUCAUUCGACUCUACCAUAACAUCAAAAAUGUCGACAACAACAACAAGAAUAAAUAAUACAACAUCUAAACCAGUGUCUUCAAUAUCUCAUACACCUCAUUCUUCAAAUAAUCUUUUAGAAAUGCAUACAAUACCUCCUUUACCAUUGUAUGUUCUAUUAGCUGUUGAUUCAUUGCAAGUAACCGAUGUUAAUGCAGAUGUGAAAUCGAACAAACAUUUCGAUUCUAUAAAUGAAUGGAAUAAUGAACAUGGAUUGACUGACGAUUCAAGCAUCUUCCAAAUACAAGAUGAUGAUUUAAAUCUCAGUUCGAAUAACGAUGAUGACGAUUAUGAUGUGACAGAUAAAAGUAACCCAUCAAAAACUAUUCAUCAUUCAAAUCCAUCAUUCAAUACAUCUGCAAACAAAUCAUCACAUUUAUAUGGAUUUAGUAUAUGGUCAUUGAAACCUGCAGCAUUAGCCCGUAGUAUACAAUUUUCAGAAGAUGAUGCCCGUCUUCUUGCUGAUCAUUUGUCAACUCAACGAUUACCUGGUCUUUCAUCACUGGAUCAAAUGUAUUUAUUGGGUAUAGCUGAUUUAAUGGCGAAAACACGUUCCGAUAUUACGGAUUGCUUGUCAAAAGUGCAUUCAUCAACUAAAGAAAAGAAGCUGGAUCAAUUGCCACGACGAUUAUCGAUUAAACAGGAUUCUAAAGAAGGUUUAGAUGAGUGUGGUCUUCGAUUUCUUUUAACAGUUCAAUUAUAUUCUUAUUUAAGUAAAACAUUACCACCUGCACGUCGAUCACAACUACUUUCGUCUGGCCUAACUAAUUCCAGUCUAGUAUGGGCAUAUCAUUCGGAUUCACAAGAAGAACUACUAUCACAAUUACCAAUAGUUUCUAAUCAAUUAGGCGGUAGUGAAGUCAGCGGUGCUGAUUCAUUAGAAUUAAAUUGGUCAGAUUUCAAACGAUACGGUUGUGGUUGGUGGAUACGAAGUGAAAGUCUUCUGAUUCGCUGCGCUGAGAAAAUGGCUCGUACAGCAUUUCAAAAUACUAAAGAUCCAAUGGAAUCUGCUGUCUUUUAUCUGGCUAUGCAUAAAGCUAAAAUGGUGGCUGCAUUAUUCAAAACCACUGGUAAUAAAACAUUGGAGAAUUUCUUCCGAUCCGAUUUUACACCAGGGCAACCAGCAUGUCGUCAAGCUAAAUUAAACGCAUUCCGUUUACUAAGUCAACAUAAAUAUCUUCAGGCUGCUGGAUUAUUCUUAUUGGCUGGAUGUUUAAAUGAUGCAGUACGUGUUUGUUUGGAUACUCUGAAAGAUUUACAAAUGGGUAUUUUAUUAGUUAGACUUUAUACAUCAUCAGCUCAAGGUAUUCCAGGUCAACAAACAACGACAUCCUCGACGUAUCAUGAUUUUCUAAGAGAACACAUAAUUAAACAUCAAGAUCCAUUCCUAAGAAGUAUGGCGUUUUGGACAUUGGGUGAUCCAUUAGCUGCCUUGCAAACAUUAUUAGAAGGACCUGGAAUAUUAAGUAAUUCUGAAGAUUUUAUCGUAUCUGAAAAGAGAGAUAGUUUAACCGAUUCAAUCUAUCAAAGCCCACAACAUCCUCAAUAUCUUAGUGGUAGUCAAAGCGUCAUAACUGGUAGGGAUGCUUCAAAACCAUCAUCUGUAUGUCCAAGUGUUUUCAAAUUCUACACGUAUCUACAAUCACAUCCAUUAGUUUUACGUCAUCAACGUUUACAAGCUCCAAAUCUAAUCAAUUCUACUAUAUUAUAUCGUGUAAAAAGUUUAGAAAGACGUUUAUACUUUCGUACUGCCCAUCAUUAUUUUAUAUUGGGUUGUCCAACAUUAGCAUUGGAAGUUUUGACCAAAUUACCACCAUUGGAAUCUUCCGAUUCAUCAUCUAUACUUGGUUUACAUAGAAUGUCAGUUAAUGAAUCUAUCGAAAAUAAAUCAAGGCGUCAAUCGGUAUUCUCUUCAGAUGCUGUCGUGCAAUCUGUAAAUAAACAAAAUAACGAUGAUGAUAUUUUCACAUUCAUGACACCUGAUGUUCCUUUGCAAAAAUCUACAACAGAAGAUCAAUUUACACUUGAAUGGAGUGAUGAUAAUGAUGAUCAGACGGAUCAUGAUGAUACUAUUGAUCAUGUGAAGAGUAAUACAGUUCAUAUGAAUCAAAAACAACAAAUGUUAUCACCAUCAGCCCAACAACGACCUUCACUUCAUUCAAUAGGUAGUUAUAAUAUCGAAAAUCAAGGUGUAGUGGACUUAAUGGCAAAUCAAUUGAAAUUUAUUGCUUGUUUAAAAAUUUUGGCGGAAGAAUUAAGUACACUGGCUGCUGGCGCUGAAUCUGAAGGUGUUUCACUUCGUCAACAUGUUUGGCAAUGGCUUGAAAAUGAAUUAGCUAGUGUCAAUACAUUGACUGGUUUAACGAAAUCAUCCAUGACAACACCAACUGUAACUUCUGCGACUCAUUCAACUAAUAAUCCCGUUGUUGUUAGUGAUGAAAAGUUGAAUGAACCUAGUUUUGAUUAUUCAGAAUUUUCCGGUCCACUGACUACAACUUCAUAUUUAUUAACUACACGAAAUGCUGGUACCGUUUUAGCUGGUAUCUUAAUGAAUUUAUCAAAUGUUUCUCCGGAAAUUCGUGAUGCCGAGUUAAAACGAUUAAAAACACGUUAUGAUUGGAUAAAAGCUCAUGAACCUUUUCUAAUAUCGUUAAUUAAUUUCUGUGAUCUGUAUGGGUCUAGUGGUAUACGAUUACCAGCAGUUCGUAUUGAAUUAUCCCUAUUACUUGGUGAAUUAUAUUCAACAUCUUAUUUAUUUACAAGUCAAUCAACAAUAUCGUCACAAAAUAAAUCCGAUAAUAAUCUGUUAGUAGCAUCACGUCCAACCAAUACCAAUGUCUGUUAUCCUUCUCUUGAUUCUUCACGUUGGCCAAUAUCACCAAUGGCUUUAAUUGAUGGUAUACCUUUAUUGCGUACAUUGAUGCGUCUACCACCGGGUGCAUUACUUCUACCAGACUCAGUAAAGCGUAUCAAGUAUAUGGUUCAUGAUUUAAUCACUUGUCUGGAAUCAUUACCACCUCCAUUUUUAGUAAGUGUUCUGUUACCUUUUCCUUAUCAACAAUGCAAUUGUACCAGUACUACUACUAAUACUACAGCAAGGACAUCGAAAUCAUCUGUUACAUCUUCAUCACCAUUUCAUUGUCCUGAUUGUAUUUUGGCACCUACAGGCGAUCGUCAUCGUAGAAUAUUUUUAUUACGUAAUCUAUGCGCUGCUCUUUCUGGAUGUAUACAUCAAUGUUUAACUGUUGGCGGUUGGUUUGGUCUUGGUUAUGCAGUCGAUGAGAACUCCAUGCAAUCCUCUGAUACAUCAUCUCCAUUGACAAAAAAAGUACUUGCUCUACCUGCAACAAGUACUAUCAAUGCUCGUUCAGUUGAUCGUUUAUGUGUAUCUGGUCAGAUAUUUAGACCAAAUACAGAACCGUCUAAAUGGCCAGGUUUAACAUGUUUAAAAAGUUAUACUGAACCUCAAUUACAAAGUAAUAGUGUAAGUAAUAGUCAAAUUAUUCGUAUCACAUCAACACAAAAUCUAUCAGAUCGUGACUUAUCAUCGCCAUCGUCAUCUGUAACACGUAUUCAAUCUGUGGAUCGUCGUCGAAUUAUUGGUUUAUUAUCUCAAGUUUUAGCUGCAUCCUAUUUCGGUUUAUUAGUUUAUGCAUUGCAUACUCGUGAUACAUUCACAUUAUAUCGAUUAGCUUGUGCUCGAUUAGAUGGGAAAACAUGGAGUCGUGUAUUCGGUGGAACAUAUCGAGCUAAACCUUUUCGACCACCAACACAACCUGGUACUACUGCUACUAUUACUACUACUAGUAAUAGUAGUAGUAAUGUAUCAAGUAAUAUAACUUCUGAAAAGAAGCCUCUUCCACCGAGUCGACCUAAACGACCGACAUCCUCUACUCUUAAACAUGACAGGUCGAAAUCAAGAAGUCCAGAGAAAGCUGUUACACGAGCUAGGGACCAUGCAGCUGCAGCUAUCGAAGUUGCACUGAAAAUUGGUAGCCCACCAAAUCCCACAAAGUUAACUAGUCAACAUAUACGUUUUUUGGCACAUGCUGAAGCUGCGGCAAUAGCAGACUUAAAAUCUGACACAACCAGGUACGAUGGUGUAGAGAAUAAAGUUUCAGAACAAGCCACCAACGACACCACCACAAAAACAACAACAAUAUCUCAGUCAUCUGUCAGUCCAGAGGAAUGGUUUAUAUUUGCCCAAUCUUCCAUUCUCUCUUGUCUUCUGGAACGUCCUCCAAAACAAGCUGACUUAAUUGAUGAUCCCAGUGAGAUUUUCGAUUCCGAUGCUAGUGAACCAUCUUCAAAGAAUGAAUACGAUACAUAUCAUGGAGCUUUAUUAAAACAACAACGUCGUAUUAAUCGAGUACAACGCUUUAUCAAACAUUGUUCUAAUUUAAAACAACGUAAAGCUGUACGACACCGUCUGAAAAAUUCGUUACAUUAUCGUUUAACUGGACAGUUUAUGAAUCAUACCGAUGAUAAUCAUGACCAAAGUGAUGGCGAUGGUGUUGAUAUGAAUCCUAAUGAACAAUUGGAUGUUAAUGAUGUUGAAGAUGAUGACAAUGAUGAUGGUCAACAUUAUUCUGAUCAUCCUUAUAAUUUACAAGAUUAUGAUGGGGUUAAAAAUGCCGUAGUAACUGAAGGGAAAGAUGAUUCUGGGAAAGUAUUAUCCUCUCCUACAAAAUUAAAUCUCUCCAGUUUACAACCACAGUGGAUUUUACGACGUUUACAUUUGAAUCCAGAUUUUAUGGAUACCUGGUGGGGUAGUCGACUAGAAUCGGAAUUCUAUGAAGCAUUGAAUAUUUUCUACAUGAAAUCUGACAAAAGACAAGCAACACAUACUAAUUUAAAAGAUUUUACCGAAUUUAAUUCUACUGUUGGUGGUGACCCAACUGAUGACAAUAACGAUGAUGAGGAUGAAGAUGUUGGUGAAGAAGAUGAUUAUAAUCUGACGGUCGAUGCUUUAGGAAAUCAUAAAUUAGCAUUUUUUGAAAAUGAUCGUCAAUGGACUUACAGUGAUAGUUACGCAUGGAGACUGAUACGUUUGGGUUUAAUGCAACUGGCUAAACGAGAAUUGAAUAGACUUAUACAAAUUAUUGAUUUCAGUGGAGAAGAUUUGGCUGUUCAUGCACCAGGUUUAAUGACGUUAACACGUCUAGCCGAUUGUUGGUUGGUUGGUUAUCGUUCAGAAUUAACUUCACCACCAGCAUUGAAUCCGAUUCAUUUAAAAUUGCAGCAUAAAGGAUUUGUUAAUGAACAUUUUGUACCACCGACAGAUUUCCUACCAGGCAUUCAAGAAGAUUUAUCUUCUUCGAUUACACAAACGGCUGCUGGAAUUAAAACUGGUAGCAAUUUGACAGUUGGUGUUGAAGUGUCAAAAUUAGACUUUCCUUCACCCGGAGCAACAAGAUCGAUGUUACGUUUGAAAAAGUUAAUAAAUUUUAAAAAUACUCCAUUUCAAACACGUGAUCCAUUCUCAUUACCUGUCAAACGUUUAUGGUGUUACUUAGUUCGACAACCUGGAAUAGAUGAUAUAUUUUUACGUCAUAUAUUUCGUGAACCAUGUCUUAUACAGUCCGUUAUUACACCGAAUAUUAAAUUAACAUUAUCACCAUCACCUUCGUUAUCAUCAUCAUCAGUUGCUUUUGGAUCAUCGGAACUUAACCAUCCACCUGGUUUGAUAAAUUCUACAUCAUCGUCUAAUCUGAAAAAUGUUUCUUCUGCUGCAUUGACUGAUAUUCCAAAAUCGUCAGGGAAGCAAACAAGAAUACAACAACAACAGACCCAAUCUUCAAAUCAAACUGUUUCAGGAUCUCUACUGUUUAAUGAUGCUGUUCGUCUUAUUCAUAAAGAACAUGAUCCACUUAUAGCUAUGUGUAUUAAUCAGGUUAAUUACAAUGCAAUUGCAAUCGCUACACCGAAAGAAAUUAUUGAGUUAGAUAUUGAAAAUCUUGUUCAUUUACCAUCAUGGUAUACUGAUGAAGUUGAAUACGAUUUAGAAUUAAUGCGCAAACCCCAAUUACGUCGAUACCCUGAAGGCGGGACUGAUGAUUUUAUUGUAUGUGAUACAAAUCCAACAAAAGUUGGUAGUAAUGAUCAUCAUUCGGAGGCUACAACAUCAAAUAUAACAUCUUCACCAGCCACACCCCUAUCUACUGGUGAUAGUAAUCCUAGCGGUACACAUGUGAUAUUAAAACGAACUUUGCCCGCUGUUUAUAGUUUAACUUCGCAUCCAACAUUGCCAUAUUAUCUAUGUGGAACAGGUACCGGUUCAGUGCAUAUGUUCGAAUGGUCAACUCCAGUACCAGUUGUUGCUGGAUUUACAAAUACUUAUAGUUUAACAACUGCUGGUAUGUUAGGACAAUUUCCAGCUGGUUCAAGAGGUGCACGUGUAACAGCAUUACAAUUUGAUGAUAGUGGAUAUCGUUUUGGUUGUGGAGAUUCUGAAGGAAAUUUCGGUUUAUGGAAUUUAUAUUCAACUAUGCCAGGCAAAUUACCAUAUUUUCGUUGUCGUUGCCAUGCAAAAGGUUUAGCAGAUUUCUGUUUCCUUGGCUGUAGUAGUCUAAUAGCUACAGUUGGCAAUGGCGGGAUGACUACAACAACUACACAUAUUGUCAGUGGAAUAGAUGUCAGUGGGGCUGGUGUAGGUGGCAUUGGUAGUGGUCUUAGUUAUGGCGGCGGCAAUAGUGGUAUUGGUGGGCCAACACACUACACUUCUGCCAAUAUCAUAGGUAGUAGUAGCAGCAGCGGCGGAGGUGGUGGCAUCAGUUAUUUCGGGGGAACUGUUAAUACAGAUCAAGAUGCAUCACAUUUAACACUAUGGGAUACUUUAUUACCAGCGAAUCGAUGUGGUGUUAUUCGUGUUCUUGACCCAGAAUUGGAUGCUCCAUGCACAUCAAUUGCUUACUGUGGAUCACUUACAAACACCAAUAGUUGGCCGUCCAAUACAAACAUUUAUUCUAGUAACAAUAUUAUAAAUUCACUAACUAUGGGAGCUAAUUCAAAACGACUCUUCACUAAUAAUGAUAGAACCGUUAUUGUUGGUACUAAAAAUGGUGAUAUAUGUACUGUGGAUAUGCGAAAUCCAAAAGUAUUGCAUAAAUUCUCAGCUCAUGAUGCACCAAUAAGAACAUUAUGUAUUGAUUCAGCAACUGAUUGUUUAGUUACUGGUGGAGCGGAUGGAAUUGUUAAAAUAUGGAGGCUAUCUGAACGAGAAUUAUUGACUAGUUUCUGUGGUGACCUGCACCCAAGUCGUGGUGCAGCAGCUGUCGCCGCCGCCGCUCUAUUCAGAGGCAAUCAAUCAGCAGCUAUAAUUGCUGCUACUAAUCCAGGUAUUUCAGAUAUUCGUCUAUUGCCAACGGUUACAGGAGCAGCAUUGAUUCAUGUCAAUAACGGUAAUAAUAAUAAUGACAGUAAUUCUACUAAAAAUAAUGAUUGUUCGACAAAUCUAAAUAACCAAAUGCCUAUUACACACUCUUCUCAUGAUCAGAAAUGUUCAAUGACUGCCGCAUCAACAGCUUGUCGAUUUUUAAGUUGUGGUGCUGAUGGUGGGCUACGUAUGCGUUCAUUAGUUGUUCGACCAAAACCUUCUAUAGUUUGUUAAUGGAAGAAUUAGAUAGAAGAAUGAAAAACAUAAAGCAUAAUAUUAUAUACUUCAUAUUAUUUAUCUUACCUUAUUACUUAUUGAAAGCAUUCCAUACUCAUUACACUUAUACUACUUAUUGUUAUGCUUACUUAUAAUCAUAUGAUUUUGUUACACUUUUCAUCUAUUUAUAUGCGAGUGUGCAUUGUUAUCCUUUAAAUUUAGCCAAAUAAACUGAAUAAUCUAUGCACCA